GAUCGGCAGCAACCGAGACGGAGAUCGCGAAGAUCUGGAAACACCUAGAUCGUUUUAGCUUUUGGACUUUUACUAUGAGGAGGGAAUACUGGCUGUACCAGGGGAAAGAGAUUCCCUCAUCAGGAACUGAUGCGGUCAGUCAGUACGCAGCCUUUACAGAAUUGACUAAAUAGAUUUUGGGCGUUUAAAGAAAGGAGAAGCGGAGUGUAAACUGAGGAUGAUUUCGACUAGGAAAACUCAAGAGAAGAGCCGUUACCGCCUUCAUUAUCUGGUUUGGCACAAUAAACCCCGGCAGUUGGAGAAAGAGCUGUCGGCAAGCGAGCAGGUGGACACGGAGGUGCUGGACCCACGUGGUCGCUCUCCUCUACAUCUGGCCGUAACCCUCGGCCAUUUGGAGUGUGCUCGGGUGCUGUUGCAUUAUGGAGCUGACAUUAGUAAAGAGAACAGCAACGGAUGGACAGUUAUACAGGAGGCCAUUAGUUUACGAGAUCCUGAGCUGGUACGGUUGGUUCUGUGUCACCGGGACUACCAGCGCACCAUUAAGAGACUGGCAGAGAUCCCCCGUCUACUGGAGAGACUGCAGCAGGCUCAAGACUUUUAUGUGGAAAUGAAAUGGGAGUUCACAAGCUGGGUGCCUCUGGUGUCGCGGAUCUGUCCGAGCGACACGUAUCGUGUGUGGAAAAGUGGCCAGUGCCUGCGGGUGGACACCACACUAAUGGGGUUUGAGCAGAUGACCUGGCAGCGAGGCAACCGUAGCUUCAUCUUUAAGGGACAAGACUCCAGCGCCAUGGUGAUGGAGGUGGACCACGACAGACAGCUGGUGUUCUGUGAGACGCUGCCAUGCCUCCCGUCCUCGCCCUCUUCUCGUCCCGACAGUGCCACUCUCGGCCUCUUGGGGGUGCUGCAACCAAGCGAUGAGCAGGUAGCUGCUCGCCUCUCGGCGCCAGUUGUCACCACCCAACUGGAUACCAAGAACAUCUCAUUCGAACGGAACAAGACGGGUAUUCUUGGCUGGUGCAGUGAGAAAACAGAGGUGGUGAAUGGCUAUGAAGCCAAGGUGUACUGCGCCUCCAACGUAGAGCUGAUCACCCGAACGCGGACCGAUCAUCUCGGUGAACAGCACAAAGCCAAACCCAAAAGUAGUAAAACUCCACUCCAGUCUUUCCUGGGCGUUGCAGAGCAACACAUGGGGCACACCAAUGGGCAAACAAUGGUGACCCAGACGUCCUGCCCAGUGACAAACACCAGAGCCCUGUCUGCAGAGGAAUACUUUAAUCCAAGUCCCAGUCAGUACCAAAAAGAUAUUGGUCAGCCCUGCCAACUCACCACCAAAACACAAAGGUUCAAGGCUAAGCUCUGGUUGUGCGAGUCUCAUCCUCUGUCUCUGGCUGAGCAGGUGGCUCCCAUCAUCGACCUCAUGGCCAUCUCCAACGCCCUGUUCGCUAAGCUCCGAGACUUCAUCACUCUCCGUCUUCCUCCAGGAUUUCCUAUAAAAAUAGAAAUCCCCAUCUAUCACAUCCUGAAUGCACGGAUCACCUUUGGAAACCUAAAUGUCUGUGACGAGGGAGGAAUGGGUCGAAUUGAGGGGGAAGCAGACAGACAGAAGGAAAGUCCCAGGACAGAGACACCAUCUCCAGGCAGCGACUCAUCCAGUGUGUCCAGCUCCAGUUCCACCAAUUCAUGCCGUGCUGGUGAAAUUCCAGCAUGUGUGUUUGAAGCUCCCAGAGGUUACAGUAUACUGGGAGGGAAUCAGAGAGAGCGCCUGCGUGAGGAAGAGGAUGAUCUGCUACAGUUUGCCAUCCAGCAGAGUCUACUGGAAGCAGGAUCAGAGUAUGAUCAGGUGACGAUUUGGGAGGCUCUGACCAACAGUAAGCCAGGAACUCAUCCUUUCUCAUGUGAUCCCAGCCGACUGGAAAGAACUUCCCAGCACAUAAGCAGCCCUGAGUCCAGCCCUGACUGCACGCCCACCACCGAGACACCUCGCACCUACGACGAGCAGCUACGCCUCGCCAUGGAGUUGUCGGCACGCGAACAGGAAGAGGCGGAGCUCCGGCAAAGACAAGAAGAGGAAGAGCUGCAGCGCAUUAUACAGCUCUCUCUGAUGGAGAAGUGA